CUUGGGAUAAACACAGGCCUAAACGUGAAGACGGUAUUCGUGCGAUUCGAGUCGUGUCGUGUGUGCGUGUUCUGUUUUUUUUUCUCCGUGUCUAACCUGAGUGUGUGCUCCUCGAUGUGCGUACGUGUGCUUGUGUGCCUGGAAUAUUAAAUACCAGAAUAAGAAGGAAGAAAAAUCAAAAAUAAGUGUAAAGAAGAAAAAUUGUAAAUGAAAAUACCUACCUAUUUUGUUUUGCCUAAAUGAUUAAAUAUUCUAAAAGAAGAGAAGAUUUCAAUGAAACAUUGAAUGGGUAGUAGAAAAUUACCACAAAGUGCUUUAAAAAGUAAAUAAAUUUGUGAAAAUUUUAUAAAAAUAUGUUAAAAAUGUUUUGUGAGGAAAAUAUGAUUUUUUCAACAUCAAAAGAAGAAAUUUAAAUAAAUUAAAGUGUUGUGCAAAUGAUUUACAAAUAAAGCUGGAGAAUCGCUUUGUAUCUUUAAAUUUGUGAGCAAAUUUGUUUAAAUGAAAAGUCUUUAAUUUGCCUUAAAAACCAACUCCCUUUUUGUGAGAUUUCUUCGUUUCUUUGGCUGUCAUACUCACUCACUCACGUCCAUAGCUGCAUACUUUGGUGUGGCUCCCUCAUCCUGCCGCUGGAACCCCCCUGCUCUCUCCCUCUGCCUCGGGCCCCUUUAAAAAAGCUAUUGUAUUUAUGUUUGUUGUUAUUUCUCAUUGUGGCUUCUUUUCGAAAAAAAAAGAGUGUGUGGUUGGUACUGUGGAGUGGGAGGUUGUGCGAAACCCCAACAGGCAUCACGACAAACGUCAAAACAAGCAUUAACAUGCGCCCAAGAGUGUGCUAGCUGUCAUAAGAGUCUCCAAUGAGCGGUUGUGGAGCAAGCAAAAGCAACACAUCAAUGGCAAAAUUAGGCUCCCCAAAAUAGUGUUCUCAUCUUCGGCAAUAACAAUACUCAUUGCUCCAAUUUUACUCUCUUUCUCUCUAUCUUUCGGAGAGUAUGUAAGUGGUGUAAACAACGGCGAAUCUCGUAACCAAAACAAAAAAUUCCUUAACUCCGCAUAAAAAAAAAACAAAACAAGUAAACUGAAAACAUAUGUUUUCCAACGAAUCUCCCAGCCAAAGAAGAAAAUAAAUGUAAAAGCAAUUGGAAAAAAGCAAAAUAUGUUCUCUAAUACAGUUUAAAUGUGAAAAAAUUCAGUGGCCAAAAAUCACAUUUUCCGCAGUCCGUAGUUACGACGUUAUUUCAAUUCAAGUGCUUUUUAUUUCUUAGUGCUACAUCUUCACUUUUACCGGUCUAGUAGUGCCGCAAAAUAAAGGAAAAAUAUAAUUUGCCUUUUAUAGAAACGAAAGAACGUCUCCAUAUUGUAGAGGAUUGGUAUUUGACAAAACGAGGAGACUACGAAAACCCCCCACACAAAAUAACAUAAAAGACUACGUCUCCCACACUAUCCGCAGUCUUUGUUUACUUCCGGCUCUUUUUUGCCAACUGCAAUUUAUGGCUGAAAUGCACUUCCGUUUUUGCCGCAUAGACAAAUAGAAGGAUAUAACAAGGAUUCUAAGGAUAUAACAUUGGGGUGGUGGCGAUAUUUUUAAGGCGGACGAAUAACGCAUAAAAUACAUAAAAUUGAUCGAUUGAAUUUGGAGAUUAUGAAGAGAGAAUAAACUUUAAUAGAUAAACAUCACGUAAUCUAAAGUCUAAACAUGUAUACGACGACAAACCAAUAGUGGAGCUCAAUGCCAUAAUACCAGUGAACUUAAAGUCGAUAUUAAAACAAUUUUUUUACAAAAGCAGUUUUUUGUAAUCUUAGCGAGAGGUAAUCAACAAAAAAUCCACCUAAAUGUCCGACGAAGUGCCUUCGGGGAGAUUAUCUCAAAUUUUUGAUCCGCUUACCAACUUGCAGCAGCCGGGCAGCACUCAUCAUCAUCAGCAGCAGCAUUAUCUCCAACAGCAGCAACAACAACAGCACUGCCUGUUAAGAAGAAGAUCAAAUUCCUCCUCUCCAUCACCCUCAACAUCGGGUCGGGCAACACCAGCUUCAUUGGGUGCGGCUAGUGUGGGCAGUGCUGGUAGUAGCGGUAGUUCACAUCACCAUCAUCAACAGCAGCAGCAGCAGCAUCAGGCAUUCCAACACCAGUACCAGUACUUAACUCAAACUCAUAAUUAUUUUCUACGUUCUCAAGAUGCUGGGUCGGGUGGUGUGGGUGGACAUAAUUAUUUGCACACCUUCCCAUCGGCUGCAAAUCAAAGUCAUUACUUUCAGCAACAACAGCAUUAUCAAGGGCAAUAUGCCACACAUCACCAUCAUCAACAGGGGCAUUUGAUGUCGCCCUAUGUGCAACAACAACAACAGCCAUUGCAACAUCAACAACAGCAACAGCAUUCGUUGCCACCCCUUUAUGCCACUUCGCAUUCUUUGAAUUCUUCUCCAUUGCUUACCAAACGGGCCAUCUCCUUUAGCGGCAAUAUGCCUCUAAGUCGCCAACAAAUGGAAUCGGGUCUGGGCAGUCCGGCAGCUGCCUUCCAACGUAGCCAAGCUACAGCCCAAUCGACACCAAAUAGUCCACGUCUAAUGCCUCGGCGGACCCAAAAACCACCACCCAUACCGGCUAAACCCACCAGUAGCGGCGCAACGGCAUCAAUAGCAUCGCCUGCCGUCCCCAGUGCCUCAAACCAAAAUGUAAUGUUAAAAGAUCAACAGCCACAACAGCAACAACAACAACAAGUGAAUCCAGCUGCAUCACUGGAUGGUGCUGAUGCCCCAUGGCCUCAUUUUUCAUCGCUGACGGAAUAUUUGGAUGUUCACCAGGUCAAUAAUUAUACGCAGGAUGUACCAGAGAUCAACUGGCAAGAACGCUGCCUAGAGCUCCAAUUGGAAUUACAUCGUUCAAAGAAUCAAGCUGGCCGUAUACGAGACAUGUUAAGAGAAAAGCUGCUGGAGUUGGAACAACGUGUGAUAGAAGCCGAGGAACGAGCCGAAGAAGCUGAAGAUAAGGUGCGGGCUAUGGAACAAAGGUUGAGUGAAUGGCCUAAACCACCAACCACAGCCAACACCAACACAAACACAACCAAUCAACAACAAGGCCUUCAACAAGCUCAACAACAGCAACAACCUCAAACUCCAGCCAAUACAUCACCAGUAACUGCCAGUCAACAACAACAAUCCACAAGUCUUCCAGCCCAUCCUGAAGCCGAAAAAGUCAUAACUUCACUCGAAAUCCAAGUGGAAGAACAACGUCAAUUACGACUACAGGACGCCCGACAAAUCGAGGCCAAAGCGGCCAAAAUCAAAGAGUGGGUCAACAACAAACUCCGCGAUCUCGAGGAGCAAAAUGAACUGUUGCGUGAGCAAAAUCAAAAGUGCAAUCAACAACUGGAACUGCUGAAAAACUACAUAGCCAAUCAGUCGAAUCGGCACAGUGUCAUAGGACCAGUUCGGAAUAGUCUGAGUUUAGAUGUCCAGGAGUUUGCCGCUUCCAAAGAGAAUCGUCGUCGCAGCGAAAGUCUAGAUACCCAAGAGAUUAUAAAUCGUCCCCUAACCGCCUCAUAUCCCCACCACCAGCAUCGUCGCAAUCUCUCCAUGGAGCCAACCGAGUUGGAACGUAAUCUGGUGGCGGCCGUUGAUGGCCUCACCCUCGCCCCCCUAGCUAGCAUAUCAAAGCAGUCAUCUUCCGCCGGCACGGCAGUGAAAAAUGGCCGGCCCGAUAGUUCCGAUACAGAUACGGCACAUGAUUAUGCCGAAAUCUAUACGCCAUCAUGUGAAAAAAUGCCAGCCUGGAUGAAAAAUAAUCCCGCCCUGAUGGCCAGUGGUGGUACGAGUACAACAACAACAACCAGUGAAAUUGGGGGUGUCCCCAGGCCACCAACACCGCCAUUGCAUCGUUUUCCCUCGUGGGAGGCGAAAAUCUAUCAGGUGGCCAAUGAUGGUUUGGCGGGGGCAAGCGGUGCAGAAAAUGGUGGAGGUGGCGGUGGUGCCACAAGCAGCGGACAUUCGCAACCACCACCACCUGACAUCCAGGAAUCGACCAGUGGUGCUAAUAGUCAUUCGAAUACCUUAAACAAUGUUGGUCAUGGCCGACAUACGCCUGCAUCGCUGAAUGAUGGUGUCAUCACACCUGGAACACCCCAGAUGCCAACGAGGCAGCAGCAAACAGCCAGUGGUGGAUUCUGUGAUAUAUCGGUGCCCGUUUAUGCGACCGUUAAAGGGCGCGCUUCUCAAAUACGUUCCAUGCCAUUUACUGGUGACUCAUCCGAUGAUUCUAGCGACGGGGAAGAUCAUGCCGUUAUGCUGACACACAAUUCACAUAAUUCAUCGAGUACCGACAAUACGGAAACAUCAACUUCCGGCAGUGCUUCCAGUCCAUCGAAAAGUUGUAAGACUUCCUCAUCGUUGAGUCCGGCAAAGCGUAGCGGUUCUGAAAGUCCUAAAAAUAACAAAGCACGAGUCAAUCGUAUUAUUCAUCAUUACAAACAUGCAGAUGAUCAUCAGCGUCAUGAACAGCACCAUCACAACCACCAACAACAACAGCAAAUACGCAAUCAAAGUCCCAGUCCCAAACUCCAUCAACGUAAAAAACAAACAACACUCCACAACACCAUUACCAACAUCAACCAACAUCAUCAUCACCUGAAUCAGAAUCAUCAUCACCACAACACAAUGCCCCUACCCUAUACCCACCUCAACAAUCAUAUCCACAAUUCCCAUUUGAGUCCAAAUAACACCACCAACGCUCUCAUGCGCAAAUCACCAUCACAAACCAAUCCGGCACAAUAUCAGAGAACAUCGACGUCUGCCAACAAUCAUCAUCUACGUAUCCCUCAUCAAAUGCGUGGCACAGUAAUUUCAGAUAUUUCCUUUGAAUCAGGCCUAUCCGACGAUUAUGCUUUGCCGCCCGAUGCUGUGUCUGAGUCCACGUGUCCCAUGGAUGCCAGUAUGCCAUCGCUGUUGAUGCGACAAUCCUAUGUGGAUUCGCCCAGUAAGAAAUUGGAAUCAUUGGAAAAGGCUGGUCAUUUGGCCAAAUUGGGUGGCAAGCUGAAGACCUGGCGCAAACGUUGGUUUGUUCUGAAAAACGGCACCCUGACCUACUGGAAAAGUCAACACGACAUUAAUCGCAAACCCCAGGGUCAAAUAAUGCUCGAUGAGGCAUGUCGCAUUAGCAAGGCUGAGGGGGCCUCAACAUUUGAAAUUGAUACCGGGAAGAAAGUCUAUUAUCUCACUGCCGAUUCCAAUGCCACAAUGGAUGAUUGGAUCAGGGUGUUGCAAAAUGUCCAGAGAAGGAAUGCCACUAAACUGCUGCUAAGCCGAGAAGAUCAAAAACCCACACUGCAGGGUUGGGUUACUAAGGUUAAGAAUGGUCAUGCCAAGAAAUGUUGGUGUGUUCUGCUGGGGAAGAUGUUUUUGUAUUUCAAGGCACCCAAUGAAACGAAUCCCCUGGGUCAAAUAAAUAUGCGUGAUGCUCGCGUCGAAGAAGUAGAACAUGUUUCCGAUUCAGAUUCCGAGGAAAGAGAAGAUCCCCAAAGUCAGGCCCAUUUAACGGUAGCCAUAUAUCCUGCCCACCAGGGUCCCACAUACUUGAUAUUGCCCAGCAAAGCGGAACGGGAUAAUUGGUUGUACAACCUAACCGUGGUUUCAGGUGGUGGACCCAGUGCCGGCACACAGUACGAACAACUGGUUCAGAAGCUCAUGGAAACCGAUGGAGAUCCUAACUGUGUCAUUUGGCGCCAUCCUAUUUUGCUGCACACCAAAGACACCAUUUCAGCGCCCAUGUGUACACUGCACACCGAAAGUAUGCACCAGGAAGCCAUUAAACUAUUCAAGAGCAUUCAAUUGUUUAUGUCGGUGGCCGUGAAUCAGCCUGGCAUCGAUUAUCAUGUUGUGCUGGCCCAAAAUGCUUUACAACAUUGCCUGGACAUGCCCGAAUUACAUUCGGAAAUGUUUUGCAUUUUAAUUAAACAAACAUCCCGGCACACGGGCCAAAAGCUUAGUGUUGGCGUCCAGGUAAACAAGAAACUGGGCAAGCAGACGCGCCAACUACUAUUAUGUGCCACGCAAAGUCUAUUUGCCUGUGAUACUCAGCAAAGUGGUAAUGCUCAAGCAAAUGGCAGUUCACCAACAUCCUUGCAGGCUCCUGUACCUCCUCCAAUAAUAGACUGCAAAUCAAAUCCUCCCGCCUACUCCUUCGUCCAAGGCUGGCAACUAUUGGCCUUAGCCGUCUCUUUGUUUGUGCCCAAGUCCAGCCGUCUGCUGUGGUAUUUAAAACUGCACUUGUCUCGUAAUGCCGAUUCGAAAACCGAAACCGGUAAAUAUGCUGCCUAUUGUGAACGAGCUCUGGAGAGAACCCUAAAGAAUGGUGGUCGCGAAACGAAACCCUCACGCAUGGAAGUCUUAUCGAUUUUACUCAAAAAUCCCUAUCAUCAUUCACUGCCCCAUGCCAUACCCGUACACAUGAUGAAUUCAACUUAUCAGGUUGUUUCAUUCGAUGGCUCAACCACAAUCGAAGAAUUCCAAAGUACUCUGGCCCAGGAGAUCGGCACACGUGAUGCCUCCAAUGGCUUCUGCCUCUUCAGUGAUGAUCCGAUUGAAAAAGACCUGGAACACUAUCUCGAUCCCAUGGCCAAACUGUGCGACGUCAUCUCGAAAUGGGAAACUGCCUUGCGCGAAAAGGGUUCGGGUAAAUUCGAAAAUACCCGCGUCAUACAGUUGACCUACAAAAAUCGCCUCUACUGGAAACACACUGUCAAAUUUGAAACAGAUAAGGAACGCCUGCUGCUGUGCUAUCAGACCAACAGUCAAAUUGUCCAGGGACGAUUUCCCCUGUCACGUGAUUUAGCUUUGGAAUUGGCUUCACUAAUGGCCCAAAUCGAUAUGGGCGAUUAUUCGCAUGAAAAGUCCAAGAGUGCCACCACAAAUGUGGGCAUCAAAGCAUUGGAUAAAUUCUAUCCAUAUCGUUAUAGGGACGCUUUGAAUCCCGAACAGCUGAAGGAUAUACAAGAAUCUUUGAUAACGAAAUGGAUACUGCUGAAGGGACGCAGCACUUUGGAUUGUGUACGCAUCUAUUUGACCUGUUGUCGCAAGUGGCCAUAUUUCGGUGCCAGCCUCUUUCAAGCUAAACCUAGGCACUCGGAUCAAGCCAUGGCUUGGUUGGCGGUAUCCGAAGAUGCUCUCAACGUGCUGGAGUUGUCGACCAUGGCUCCGCUGGCCAGAUAUCCUUACACCACGGUUAUGACGUUCGGUGGUUGCCAAGAUGACUUUAUGUUGGUGGUUUCAAAUGAAGACACCCUGGCUUCGUGUGGUUCACACGAACAGAAGCUUUUGUUUGCCAUGUCGAAGCCAAAGAUUUUGGAGAUCACAUUACUCAUUGCUGACUAUAUGAAUGCCUUGGGUCACACCGUGCCCGGGACGCCACACAUGAAUUCUUUGACGCGCAAUGGUUCUCACAGAUCUAUAAGAUCACGGCCACCAGGUGGUACGGGAGCCACCACAGUUGGAGGAACAUUGUGUGGUAAUACCACGGCUGGAAUGUCAACAAAUGCCACGACAACGGCCCACAAUACUCUCAACUCUCAUGCUACCCACACUCUGAACUCGAAUCACUCACACACAUUAAGUUCCUCACACUAUAGUGGUGCCGACCAUGGUGGUGGUGGUGGUGGCGGUACCAGAUCACAGGGUGGUUCCCAUCAGGGAACUCUCAACUCGUUGCAUAGUCAAAAUCACCAUCAUCAUCACAAUCCACAUCAGCCGGAUAUUUUGAAGAGCACCCCCGAUCACCAGAGAAUAAAAUAGAAGAGAAUGAAUUGUAAAUAGCUGCAGCAACAGAUAUAAGUUACACACAAAGAGACUUUUCACAUAACGGAAAAAUUAAGAACAUGCCUAGCUUAAUAGGCAUGAAAAAUAAAAACAACCGAAAACAAAAAAAAUUUUUCUAGAAAAACGAUAAAACAUUUUUAUAUGAAAAUAAAAAACAACACCAUGUAAAUAAGUAGAUUUAAGUUGAGGGCUGCAAGUGAUUCAGAAAAACUAAAGUCGAAAUUACAAAAAAAAAAAGAAAAUAGAUUUUUGGAAACUCCACUCUUUCCGAAAAAAAACAACCCAAUAACCUAAGAUAGAAUAAUUUUUUUGUUACACUAUUUUAAGAAUGACAGCAAUUUAUGUUUUUAGUUUCUUUAUCAAAGACAAUAGGAGGAAAUUAGAAGCCUAACAUUAGGCUAAGGAAAAGAAAAUGUUACAGAUUAAAGUAGGCUAAGAAAGUAUGUAAUUUAUAGCAAAGCCUAAAAAUAGGUUUUGUAUUAUAUUCUAGGUAUUGUUUUUUACAAAUUUUUGUUAAAUUUUAUUUUGUAUUUUUUAUUUAAAUUUCAAAGUUUGAUCCCAGUUUUUUUUUAGAAUAAGAAAGCUCAACUAAUGAUUAUUUUAUAUUUAAAAAAAUUAUUUUAAAAUAUCUUAUCACUCCCAAUUUAUAUAUAUACCCUGUACCCUUUGUAUAGCAAAUACCUAUAUGAAACCACCACCCUCCCUAUCUAACUAUACCACAUAGCUUAAAGCUUACACAAAAAAAAAACAACAACAAACAAAAAUGAAGCCAAAAAAAACUACAACAAUUAUUCAGCUUAUAACCAACCAUAAACCAAGGCAAAGCACCAAAAAAGUAGGCUUUAGUUUUUUUGUAAUUGUAAUUAUAUAGCGAGACGAAACAAAUGGCAAAUAAAACAAAAACAUAAGCAGAAAAUAUUAUGAAUGUUUUCCCUAGAAGCUAAGGAAAAAUUAACGAAGUUAAGAAGGAACGAAAUAAACACAACGCUAAGGUUUCAGUUGAAUAUUGGUGAAAACAUUUUGGACAAAUUUUGUUGUCCACAAUAUUGGAAAUUUCUUUAAAAGAAAAUUGAAUCUUAGUCAACAUUGGAGGAAUUAUUUUGGAGGGUACAUAAGGAGAUUAAAUAUUAAAUAGAGAUUAGGUUAGGUUAAAAAGAGGGGCGAAACAAUUUGCCGCAUGCCCCAUUGGACAUACACUUAAGCCACUAAGGCCUGUUGUGCGCUCUAGGCUAAGGGUUUUUUCGAAAGAAGACGGGCAGUUUACAGUCUUUUAUAAUUGAAAUUCAGUUGCCUUUAUGAAAUUUCUUAACUGUUUUAUAUCAUUUACCAUGAUCUGAUUAAGGUCUCCGUAGUUCCCUAGAAUUGGGAUCUAAUAUUUGGGACCUGGGCAUUGGCAGAGAAAAUUUUCCAAUGCUUCGUCAUCUUCCCCGCAUGUCCUGCAUAUGCUGUUAUCUGCACAUUCCAUCUUGUACAGAUGAGCUUUUAGGCCCAGGUGCUCUGUAAGGAUGCUUGUUACCUCAUUGAUCUCCUUUUUACCUAUUAAUAAAAUGUUAUUCGCUUUUUAUCUCAUUGGAUCGCCCCAUAAGAUUUUUGUGGUUUUCCCUACGCCCUCAUUGUUCAAAGGGGAUAUAUGGGCGUUUUUUGUCCAUAUCUUUAACACUAGACGUGACGCAUUAAGCGGCACUGGAUUGUCUACGUUUAUUGUUGCUAAUUCCCUGCCUGUUAUACCGAGAGAGUUUGCUAUCUCGUUACCUCUAACUCCCGUAUGACCUGGUACCAUAUAAUGCGUACUACGCCGUGUUAAGAGUAGUUGUUGAUCGAAUUUAUACAUUCCAAAACAGUUCUUGAAGUCACUGUUUUGGGUGUUAUAGCUCUUAUAGCUGUCUUGCUAUCCGUUAGGAUGUUUACGGUAGCCGGUCUCGUGUUGGCAUUAAGUCAGUUCAGACACUUUCCAAUCGCCCGGACCUCCGCUUGAAGGAUCGUAUUGUGACCGGGCAAGCGGAAAUGUAUUUCGGCAUUUGGAACUUCCCGCUAUUUCCCAGUCCUUUGCAUUUGUGGUAGGAAUCCGUCGAUCCACGAGUCUCUGGUAGGGAUUAAUGUUUCACAAUACAGAUUAAAUAUUUAUAUAGAAGAUCCUUUUUAAUAAAAUACCUUGAGGGGAUUUUUUCCCUACCUUCUGUAUGUGGACCCAUAGAAUGCCUGUAAAUGGCAACACAAUUGUAUGGAUUGAAUUUUUAUUCGAUUCGGAUUUUAUUUAAAAAUUGUUUGCUAAUGUAAUACAAAAAUUAAUCGAACUUAACCCAAUCGCAGCCACAUAAUUAUUCUUAUCUAUUCUAAUAUUGAAUGGAGAACAUUGCAGGUGCCAAGUUACUGCAGUCGAAAUCGAGUACUUCGGCAUCAUAGUGUAGUUUACGAGGAUCACCACAGUCGUUAUCGAAUUGUUUCUACUCGAAGUUAUACACGAUAGGUAAUAUGUUAUCGAAAACAAAGUAUGUAGUGAUUUUUGCGCGGGAAGAGGGCAAACAAAAAGAAACAAGAAGUUGGUGAAAAUGUAAGGGGUGAAAUAAAAAAUGGCAACAAGUCAAAGCCAUAAUUAAAUGUUAUUGAAUGAAAGCAAAAAAUAUCGGAAACGGCAUUAAAUUUUAGAAUAAAAAACAGCCAUAAUUAAAUGUUAUUGAAUAAAAUCAAAAAAUAUCGGAAACGGCAUUAAAUUUUAUAAUAAGUUUAGAUUUGUUCGAAUGUUGUUCACCUUUGAAUUAUGGCCUUCGAACGGCCAAUAAAACCGUCACACGCUGCCCAAAUGUUGCUCUGCAGUAUUUUGGCCCAUUCCCGGCAAAGCGUUUGCUUGAGGUGAUCGACACUUUGAUAUUUUUUAGUGCCAACCUUGCUUUCCAAAAUACUCCAGACACAAUAGUUCAACGGAUUGGUAUCCGCAUAUUUUGGAGGUUAUUGUGCGCUGGAAAUGAAGCGAGGAACCUCAUUUUGUAACCAUUCUUGGGUGGCGCGUGCUGAAUGCGAUGGUGCUGAGUCCUGUUGGAAUGUCCAAUUUAAUACGCCCUUCAGAAUAUUUUCGUGAUAAUAUUCGGCAUUUAUUCUGAUGGUCGAUUAAUACGAGCGGAGAGCGACCAUUGGCUGUUAUGGGGGCCCACACCAUCACCAUGGCCGGCGUUUGAGUUCUGGUGACCGACCGAAAGUGCACAUUAACAGCUGACCACUUUGGUAACUAGACACGAUCAUUUUGUCUGUUUACAAACUGCUGCACAACGAAUGUUUUCUCAUCGGAGAAAACCAAAUUCGGCAGUUCACCACUUUCGGCCAAGCGAAGCAACUAUUUACUUCUUUUGAGUGUAUUUUCUUUCUGUUGCGGUGUAAGUUCUUGCACUUUUUGGAAUAUCAAUGACUUUACCCCGAGCUAAUUUUUCAAUAUUUGCCGAAUGGAAUAUUGCGAUAUGUUCAGCUCACGAGCCAUUUUUCGAAUACUGCGACGCGGGUUUCGACUUAGAGCAUAUUUACAUCUAAAUUCUUGACCAUCGUUAUUGACAAAUUCCAAUGAAUUUAAUAGCGCAUUUAUACUCUUGGAGAUUAACCACUGGUUUUCAGCGCAUUGUAGAAGAAUACAGGUAGAUGCACCAACGCUGGGAAAUAUUGAGAUGUCAAAAAUUUUAAAAUGUUUUUUUUUUUUUUUUUCAAAAAUAAGUAGACUAUUAAAAGUUUUCUUUUACGACACUAUUCGGAGGUUGUUGUGAUAUAGAUUUUUUAACAAGUUUUUCAAAAACUUGAAUUAAUUUUCAUUAAAAGUUUUCAAUUUCAAAAUUGGUUUGACAGUUCAUUGUCCCUAUAUUCUUCUACCAUGAUUCAGUUGGUUAACCUUGUGUGUUUAGAUACACCUUUUGGAGGAUAUAAAUACCACUUAGCUGAGGUCAGUUUGAAUAAAUUCGGAUUAAGCAUUGAUUCCUGAUAAUUUGAGUAAUUCUGUAUUAGAGUAUGACCCGUUCUUAUACAUUAUCUUUAUAGUCCACUUUUGUUAUCCCUUAAAUUAGGAAAAUUGGGCGAUAAAGUUCACAUUACCUACUUACCGACACCAAAUUUACGCGUUUUACCAAGUUUCGUAAUAUAUUUGACGUUCAAUCAAAGGAAUUGACAAUCUAAGUAACAAUUUUUAGGAAAACAUGUUUUUUUAUAAUUUCUCCCUAAUGUUGACUACCAAUUCUUGAUUUUUGAACUUCUUCGUAUAAUUUGUGGUACAAUAACGAAAGUAAUCGUAGAAAUUAGAUAUAGAAAGUGAUUAAAGAUCUAUAUUGAUCCCUUCAAACUGGGACAUAAAUAACGUUUUUUACAAAUAUACAGAUGAUUAUAUAGAUUGACACUUUAAAUAGAAGAAUACAGGUGGAUGCAUCAACGCUUGGGAACUUUGAUAUGUCAAAAUCGUUUAUUUUUUUUUUUUUUCUUUUCAAAAAUAAGUAGAUUUGUAUAUGUUUUCCCAUACAAUGCCAAUCGGAUAGCAUUAUAGCAUUUUUCAACAAAUUUGUAUAAUUUUUCAUUCAAAACUUUCAAUUCCAAAAUUGACAUGUCAAAAAAUUUUAAAUGUCUUUUCAAAUAUAUGUAGAUGUUUACAUAUUUUCUUAUACGACGUCAUUCGAAGGUUAUUAUAAUACGCGUUUUCAACAAUUUUUGCAAAUUUAAAUAAUUUUCCAUUCAACAUUUUCAAUUCCAAAAUUGGUUUGACACUUCAUUAUCCCAGCAGCUGUGUCGUUGCGUCUACCUAUAUUCUUCUACGUAAUGUAACGUAGUUUCAUAAGACGCAUCAAAGUGUCAGGCGAUAAGAGUUGCCAUAUUCGAAUUAUCGACUACGAAAACUUUGCUAAUUGUACCACAAAAUUAUUUUUUUUUUUCAACAAAAACAAAUUAUAAAUUUGCCGUUCUUCAAUUAGAAAACAACGCACAGAACGAAAUUAAAUGAAAACAAUUAACAACACAAUUAAAACAAUUAUUAACAACUAAUAAAACGGAAAACGAUUUUCUAACAAUAAAACUUAACUGUAAGACAUACACUUAGAGAAAAAACCCAAACAUUUUUUGAUAAAUUUACAAAAGGCGAAAAGUUAAAAACAAAAAAUUAUUAAAUCUCAAACGUAUUUAAAACAAAAAAUGCUGAAUUUAGAAUAAACAAAAAAAAAAAACAUCAGGUAGAAAUAAAAACAAAGAGAAUUAAGAAAAAUUAUAUCUAUGUAUUUGAAAAAAAAAAAACCCACAUGCAAAAGACACUGAAUUCAUUACAUAAAGGAUACACUCUAACUAAAUUUCGCUUUGGAAUAGAAUGGCUGAUGAAAUAAUGAUGAUGAAGCAACACAACAACCAAAAAGGCAAAAAUAAACUCGUUAAACAAUCACUUCAAAGAUUCCUAUUUAUUUGAAACAAUAAACAACUGAUUUCGCUUACAAUACAAAAGAAUAAAAAAAUAGAUAAUAUUUAAUUACAAAACAAAAAACUGUAAGAAAAAAUCCACAAACACUUAUUUUCAAGGCAAAAGUUAAAAGUAUUCAAUUUUGUAUAGUUUUAUUUAUUUCUAAUUAUCAUAAAUUUAAAACAACUUUACUUUUCAGUUUUAUUUAAUUUAUUUCCAAAUAAUUCUAGUGAUAUAAAUGUUGUAUGUGACUCUAAUCUAUAUAUCCUUCAAUCCCUAUAUAUGCAUUAAUCUAAGUAUAUAUAUUUAUUAUAUAGUAUAUAAUGUUUAUACAAUUUACUUAUUAUAUACUCAUUAAAACAUAUUAUUACUAUAUGAUGGUAUAUCAUAUGAUAAAAAUCUAAAGAAACAGAAACAAAGAAUUAUAAACAACAACGCCACAUAUUUUUUUCUUAUUUUGUAGGCAAUAAAAACUCGAAAACAAAUGAAGAUUAUACACAAUUCAAAAAAAAAAAUAAAAUAAAAAGAAUCAAAUAAAAUCUAAAAAAGACCAUAAUAAAGAAAUCAUAAAUUAAAAUAAAA